AUGGGAGUAAUAUCAAGUCAGCUUAGGUGUCUUCGACUUGGGGGUUGCUAUGGAGUAUCAGGUGACGGCUUGAGUGAAGCAGCUAAAAGAUUUCCCCUGUUGGAAGAACUGCACUUUGUCUUCGUAAAGAAUUGUAACGACGGUAUUGAAGCUACUGGUCAUUCCUGCCCUAAGUUGAGGUCAUUUACACUUAGUGAGUCAGGGUACAAAUAUCCACAACUCGUUUGUAAUGACGAUGCACUAGCAAUUGCAAAAAGCAUGCCGGGUUUGCACCACCUUGAACUUUUGGGAAAUAAUAUGACAAAUGAGGGCCUGCAAGCCAUUCUUGAUGGUUGUCCACUCCUUGAAUCGCUUGACAUUCGGAAAUGUUUUAAUCUUGAUCUAAGUGGGGAUCUGGGGAAUAGAAUUGCUCAAAAGAUCAAAGAUUUCAAGUGUCCUGAGGACUCCAUGGAAGAUUGCGAGUGGAAUACUGAAAUUUUUGAUUGUGAAGAAUACGACGAAGAGGACUACUACUCAUCUGAGAUUUCAGUCUUUUCUCAUGUUGAUUAUUAUGAUGAAUAUGAUGACGUUGACACAUAUAUCUAUUUUGACUGA